CACCGUUGUGUCAGAGGGCGGGGCUUUUUUCUUUCAGUUUCAACUUCAGCCAGGAAAACACCUGGGAUCACUCUGUUUCUCCUCAUAUGUGCUUCCCCUGGAGCUUGUCUGCGAGGCCGAGUCUCUGAGCGCCGGUGUAGGUACCAUAAGCAAUCGGCCUGCAACAACUGUUCGGGGUCCUUCGACUAGUGCUGACGCCACUGAAAUGGCGGCUGCCAACUUCCGGCUGGUUGAAGACCUUUUCCAGUGCUCCAUUUGUCUGGAUGUCUUCAAAGAUCCGGUCAGCACACCGUGUGGACACAACUUUUGCAAGAACUGCAUCACCGAGCACCUAAACAUUGACGUUCCGCUGCAGUGCCCCAUCUGUCGGAGGAUGUUCUACCCCAAACCAGAGCUGCAGAUCAACACUCUGAUCGCGGAAAUGAUCGAUGCGUUCAGACAAAACGGACCCAUGGAAGUCCGCUGUGCUGUUUCUUCCAAAAUCAAACAACUGGGCGAGCUCUCCUGCAGAAUCGGCACAGUGUGCAUCUUUCUGGUUUUCUCCUAUGUAGUUUAUUGUAAUUUUUUGAGAGAAGUUGCUGGAAGGAAUUUGGAGAAACCCGACAAAAAAAUUCAGGAGCAGAUACAAGAGAUUGCUCAGAAGAUUGAGGGGCUGAUACCCCUGGUGCAGCUCUGUGGUGAAGAUUUUCAGAAGGAAAAGCAGAGGGAAACAGAGUUGCAGCUUGCCGAAGAGCUGAAGAACAAGAAGAGCUCAGAGGUAGAGCGGUUCUCCAAUGCCCCCAAACUACCAAAGGGGAUGGAAACUCCAAAGUCGCUGAUGCAGGAUGAGCUGGUCAAGGUCCAACACCACACCAUAGACAUGACCUUUGACCCCGAUACAGCCUAUCCAGGGCUCAUCCUGUCUGAUGAUGGAAAACAAGUGCGAUGCUGCGAUUCCAGGAGGAAUCUUCCUGAAAACCCAAAGAGGUUCACAGAAUGUGCCUUUGUUUUGGGCAAGCAGGGUUUUUCUUCAGGCAGGUUCUACUUUGAGGUUCAAGUCAAAGGAAAGACAAAGUGGUCAAUAGGUGUGGCCAAGGAGUCAGUUAGCAGGAAAGGGGACAUUAAGCUGUGUCCUCAGAACGGGUUUUGGGCCCUCUGGAUGAGGAGCAGAGGAGAGUACAGAGCUCUGGCUGGCCCGUCAGUGUCUGUUCAUCUCAGGUCUGCUUUCGAGAAGGUGGGAGUGUUUGUGGACUAUGAGGCGGGUUUGGUCUCCUUCUACGACGUGAACAAUGCGGCUCACAUCUACUCCUUCACCGGCUGCCAUUUUACUGAGAGACUCUUUCCGUUCUUUGAUCCCAGUCGGAACAACGAUGGUCAAAACGACGCACCAUUGAUUAUCUGACUGUUUUUUAAACAUAAGAUUGCUGCAA